ACAACGGAAGGAUUAUUCUAGGCGCAGAUGUGUUUCAUUUGAAAGUGCUGUGAACAUUGUGUCGCAGUUGAUAGCAGGAUACUUGCAGGGAAACCGUACAAAAACUAUCAACACUGAAGGAAGAUCGAAAGUAUGCUUUCCCACAGGUGGAGGUCUGGAUGGGGCAGGUUCGUUGACGUGGACCUCUUCACAGACAGCCAUGAGACUUUGUCCCAGGCCAUCAGAGCUGCAGCGUCCGAAGAGCCGGCGGAUGCUGACGGCAGCGUGCUGUUCGGCCACCUGAGGGGUUCUGUGGUGGGCCUCAGAUAUUACACAGGCGUGGUGAACCAGGGUGAGAUGGUGGGCUUGGUGCGAGAACCUCAUAACCCAUACGACUGCAAUGCAGUGAUGGUUGCAAACGUUUAUGGCAACCAGGUGGGACACAUCAAGAGGGAACUGGCUGCAGCCAUGGCCCAUGUCAUGGACAACAACCUGGCUAAAGUGGAGGGGGUCGUACCUUACGGAAAAAACAACUCGUUCACCAUGCCGGUCAUUUUGUCCUUUUGGGGGAAAGAAGAGAACAAAAAUGCAGUCCUGGAAAACAUGGAACGGCGAGGAUUCAAACUGAACUCAGACGGAAACAAAUUAGCAGGUCAGAAAACCAACAGCAUUUCAGGCGCUCGUGCUUUUUCAUCCAAAAAAGGAGUGACUGUCCCACUAACUGCAGAGGAGCUGAAGAAUGCUUUUGACAACCUGUUUGAAGGUUUGAUGGAGAGUAAAGACGGAGAGAAAGAAGCCGCUGAGUCUGUGGCCACGCCCCUCCUGCCUCACCAGAAACAAGCGCUUUCCUGGAUGUGCGCGCGAGAAAACAAAUGUGCGCUGCCGCCAUUCUGGGAGAAAAGAGGCGAUCUGUACUACAACAGCCUGACGUGUUUCUCCUCCAAAGAGAUCCCAGAGAGAGUGCGUGGGGGGAUCCUGGCAGAUGACAUGGGACUGGGCAAAACUCUGACAACAAUCGCCCUGAUUCUCACCAACUUUCACAAAGGGAAGCCUCUGCCUGUGCAGAAAUGUCAAGAACGGCCCUCACCUUUCAAGGUUAAAACUAAAACGGCAGAGGCCUCCAGACGGGAAGAUAAAGCAGCAGGAGCAAGCAGUUCAAAAGGAACUGAUCCCGGCUCAGAAAUAGUAAACCUGGAGGAAACAUUCGACACGUCUGAGGUGGUGGAGGUGAAGGAAGAGAAGCAGAAAAAGUUAAAGAAAGGCAAGUUGAAACCCACAAAGCGAAAACCCGGUAAAGAGGCUCCGGUGUUGCUGGAGGACCUGGACUUUGCUGCAGCUCUAAGUGGUUCAUCAGACACAGGCCCAAAGAAGAAGAAAACCUCUCAGAAGUCCACCCUCAAAGACAGUGUGGAGUCUUCCUGUACCUCAGACUCGGAUGACUCGUCGGCAAGAGCCACUCUUAUCGUCUGUCCUCUAUCGGUGCUCAGCAACUGGCUGGACCAGUUUGAGCAGCACAUUCACCCUGACGUGAAGCUCGGCGUGUAUCUGUAUUACGGAUCCGAUCGCAACAGGAGCAAGAAGUUCCUGUCUUCUCAGGACGUGGUGAUCACCACCUACAACGUCCUGUCUGCUGACUUUGGGAAUAAGAGCCCCUUACACGGGAUCGACUGGCUGAGGGUGGUGCUGGAUGAAGGACACUUUAUAAGAAACCCCAAUGCCCAGAUGAGUAAGGCCGUGCUGGAGCUGAAGGCCCAGAGACGAUGGAUUCUGUCAGGUACACCGAUUCAGAACAGCGUGAAAGACAUGUGGAUGCUGCUGGCCUUUCUGCGUCUGAAGCCCUUCAACGUCAGAGAGUGGUGGAACAGAGUGAUCCAGAGACCCGUCCUGCAAGGAGACAGGACCGGCCUGGAAAACCUCCAGACUUUGGUGAAGUACAUCACCCUGCGGCGGACCAAAAACAGCGAGGUAAACGGCCAGCGUUUGGUGCGGCUGCCUGAGAAGAAGGUUUACGUGGAGCAAGUGGAGCUCAGUCAGCAGGAGAGGGAGGAGUACGAGCUAGCAUGCAACGAGGGGCGGAGCACCAUCGGCAGAUAUGUGUCUGAAGGGACCGUCUUGAGGAAUUACGCCGAUGUGCUCGUCAUUCUGAUGAGGCUCCGGCAGCACUGCUGCCACCCUGAUCUGCUGGCAAAGGCAGCAAACUCAGGUGAUGGCGCUGCAGGUGCAGGCGCUGCAGCCACGCCAGCAGAGCUGCGGGAGCGUCUCAUCGAGAAGCUGCGUCUGGUGCUGGCCAGCGGCUCGGACGAGGAGUGCUCCGUGUGUUUGGACUCCAUCCGUCUGCCCGUCAUCACUCACUGCGCCCACGUUUACUGCCGACCCUGCAUCGCUCAAGUCAUCAGCAACGAGCAGGAAAAGCCGAGAUGCCCUCUCUGUAGAAGUGAGAUCAAGAGCAGCGAGUUGGUGGAGUUUCCUCAGGAGGACAUGGAAGAGGAGAGUACGAACAAUGGGAAGUGGAGGACGAGCUCAAAGGUAAAAGCUCUGAUGGGAAACUUGCUGAGGCUGCGGGAGGAAGACAGCAGCAUCAAGUGUCUGGUCGUCUCUCAGUUCACACGCUUCCUCUCCAUCCUGGAGGUUCCACUCAGGGAACACGGCUUCCGUUUUGUGCGUUUGGACGGCUCCAUGAGCCAAAAGAAGAGGACCCAAGUCAUCAAGGAGUUUCAGAGUUCUGAGGCACACAGCCCUGCCAUCAUGCUGCUGUCACUCAAAGCCGGAGGGGUGGGGCUUAACCUGACUGCCGCCUCCCACGUUUUCCUCAUGGAUCCCGCCUGGAAUCCAGCGACAGAGGAGCAGUGCAUCGACCGCUGCCAUCGUCUGGGCCAGAAGAACAACGUUGUCGUCACAAAGUUCAUUGUGAAGGAUUCGGUGGAGGAGAACAUGGUGAAGAUCCAGAAAAAGAAGCAGGAUCUGGUGGAGAAGGCCUUCGGCUCUGCAGACAGGAAAAUUUCUCGCAUCGAUGACAUCAGAGCGCUGAUGGAGCUGUAGGCGUGACGCUGUGGCGGGGAUUCUUCUGCGUGUUGCACCGCCUCAGAAUCAUCUUCAUGCUUGAGUUCACAAUUCAAGGAAACAGUAAAUGUGCUCAAACGUUUUUGUCAGUCCCUGUUUCUGCUCUAAAGGAACUAGCUGCUGACAGUUCAGCAUUUUGUUCUUAAACAAAAGAUUCUGUUUCAGAGGCAAAGUUCAAGUGGGUGAAUGUAUAAAAGGGGACGUUUUUUUUCCAGCACUGCUGCUUUCUAGACGGGGUUUAAAAAGAAAUGUCUCAUAUGAUCUCAUCAUAUUGGGGAGCUUCCAUAAUGUACACAUACUUCUUACUUUCGUUCCUACAAAAAUAAAGAUUUUAGGGCUCAUUUGCUCUUUAUUA